UUUGGCUGUGAUGACUAUAAUUUCCAACAGUGGACUUUUCAACUGUGACAAAGCACAAAUCUGGGUUGAUACACGACAGUGUCUGCUUCACACAUGCCUCGCUCAACUUGGACAGAAUGUCGAUUCAAACAUGUUAGAAGUUCUUGUAGAUGUGAUAAAAGUCAUGAAAUCUAGGGGCCAAAACCGCAUAAAGAGACCAUGGGUUGGGAUUUAACAAUAGCAUAGGAAAUAAUAGGUGAGGCGAGCGAGGGCUGGAAAGAGGGAUGGGCCUGGCAGAAAGAUGCAUGUGGAUGCACUGAGCGGAACCCAACAUAUUUUCCUCGUCUGGAAGAAAGGGGGACUUGUAAGGAUUCGAGCGGCUGUCUCGUCUGGUUUGUCCAUCAUCUUUCAUCUAAAUCGCUUCGCAGGCAACAGGAUGAUGCUGCCAGCCAGAUUGGGUGCUUUGCCAACCUAAAGUACACUUGAAGCAGGUGGAAUCACCUCAUUUCCGAGAAGUUGAGAACAUGAGCUUGAAGCAACAUGAAUGGACUCUUUUGUUUUGAGUUGACAUGCUAUUCAGACUGCCUUUGGAACUCAUGCAUCCAGUAAGGCACUGUUGAGGAAUUACGCCGGAUGAAGAAUUUGCUAACCAGGAUUAUGAGGUGCACACAUGCCUGAGAGCAUCAGGUGUCUGAUAAUUCGGACAUCAGCCCAGCAAACAUGGAACGGAGUGGCGGGGCUCGAUCGGAGCGUGGCCGAGAGACACACCAAGUCCUGCAGGGUACUCCUUUAGACCUGAUUGAAACCGGCAAGUCUCUGAAAGUCCAGGCGGAGCGCCCUCACCUGGUCAGUUUGGGAAGUGGACGCUUGAGCACAGCAAUCACCUUGCUCCCACUGCAGGAAGGGAGAACCACACUGGGCAGCGGAGGCACAGACAUCUCUUUACUGGGCCCCGGAAUUAAAGCUCAUCAUUGCUACAUUGAAAACAAGGAGGGGACUAUUACCUUAUACCCAUGUGGGAACCAAUGCGCCGUAGAUGGACUCCCCGUCACCAAACCCUAUCGUCUCUCACAAGGCUGCAUGCUGUGUUUUGGUCAAUCAACCUUUUUCCGCUUCAACCAUCCAGAAGAGGCCCUGAGGAUGAAGAACAUGCUACCAGGAGGAAGCCCAGCACUAUGCACAUCAAGAACGCAACAUUCUGACUCCCAUAGCAUCUUGAAUGGGACCCAUCAAUCUUUUUCCAGCAACGGCAGCUCAAAAAUCAGCACCUCAGUGAAGGACAUCCAUUGGAGUCUCUCACAGAAGGUGCCGUCUUCCCCCCAAACAGCUAAAGCGUUACUUUCUCAGCCUUCUCAGAGUGUGUUGAAUGGUAGAAGCAGCACCACGAGAGAAGAGAACUGCAGCUCUGUGGGAAACGCUCCACUUGUACCUCCCCGGUCCAGCAUCCCUGUGCCUCAACCACGCACAUCCCUCUCCAUGACCUCAAGUUGCGCUAGCGAUGGACAGCAAACACAGGACAGCCCAAAGCUUCUGAGGAAUGUCAGGGCAGAGGUCACGUCAAGCCCCACACUGCUCAGCAGGGGGUCCGGACAGGGCAUAAGUCACAACUCUUCACCGGUAGCUCCAUCCAGCCCUCGAGUGAGAGGUUCCUUCCUCCAGAAGAGACACCCAAGUCCUAGGCGAGAACCGCUUCGGACUCCCGAGUCGACCGGAUCCACGAGCCUUCCUCCUCUGAGUCCUUACAUGUCCCGCAGAGGACCUCCAGGAUCGCAGAGUCUGACCAACAAAACCAUCCAGCAGAGCCCGAAGACCCAUCGCAAACCCGCAGCCCCCUCUAAGGCUGAGGCCAUGAGGGUGUUGUACUCCCAGAAUCCAUCCCCUGUAACCGCACUGGAGAGUGGAAGCCAACACCAGACUAACACCCUCAUCCCAGGUCCUCUGUACGGCUCAUCUCCUGCCACGAGCCCCCGCAGCCGAAGAAAGCCCUCUUGCGAGAAUAUCGGAUCAUCCGGCAACGACUCCGCGUUCAUGAAACCGUAUUCUCGGGAGCGCAAGAACAGCAUAUCUGCCAUUAGCGACAAUGAGGAUGAACUGCUGGAGUACCACCGCUGGCAGAGAGAGGAGAGGCUACGUGAGCAGGAAACGGAGAAGCUGGAGCGACAGAGGCUGGAGACCAUCCUGAAUUUGUGCGCAGGCUAUAACCACGAGGACAGCGCGGCGGAGCUGGCGGAAGUCGUGAGGAGCGGGCUGCUAAGAGGGGGAAGAGGUGCAGGUGGUGACAUGCAGACGGGGAAAGAGAACGAUGAGGAGGCGCAGGCAGAGGAGUCGAGCAGCACCGAGAGCACACAUCAAGAGUGCGAGGAGUUGUCAGCCGGUCAGGAGCAGAUGUACCUGGAAGAGGAGAGGAGCAAGAUGUUGUCCAGGGUGGAUGACCUGAGGCACAGAGUCAGCGAGCUGGAGCAGCAGCUGAAAGAAACCAAACAAGAGGUGCAGAUGGAACAGGCUCUGCUGCAGGCCGAGAGGCAGGCAGAGCAGGAACAGGCCAACGCCGAACGGGAGCUCAUUUCUCAGCUGCAGCUCAAACUUAGCCAGUUGAACAAGGCCACGCAGAGCGAGAAGGAAAAGGGGAGAGCUAAUGUCUCGACUGAGCGGAAGGUCCUGGAAAAGCAGAGGAAUGAGUACAAUGAGCUGAAGAGGCAGUUUGAUAGUUGCCCCUUGUCUCUAAGAGAACAGUUACAGGAGCAGCUCAGCAGGAAAGCUGAAGCUUUGGAAGCCGGCACAAAGCAAUUUGAGGAACUGGAGUUCUGCCAGCUGGAGGAGGAGAGCAGUCUAGAAGAGCGAAAGGAGACCCAGUCCUUGCAGUUUCUUCGGGAGCAAACCGAGUAUCACUGCAGCGUGGCCAAGAGGAAGGAGAAAAUGGCUACUUUGGAUGCUCAAGUGAAGCAACUGGGCGUACAAGCCACUCACGACUGUGACAGGAUGGCGAAAGAAAGAGAGGCCACGCUGCAGAUGCUUCACAAGGAGCAGGAUAGAUUAUGCGCCCUGGAGAACAGAUACCACAGCAUGACCGGUGGUAGGAAUUUCCCAAAGAGCAACAACAAAAUGAAAGAGGAUUUACUCCAUAUCAACGAACCCGAGCUUGUUUAUGAGGACUACACCUCUCGUAGCCUUUGUCCUUCCUCUACCUUACACGUCCCUCCCUCUGAAGUCUACCCUGUUAGGCUGCAGGAGGAGUACCUCAGGAUGUCUGAUGUCUUUAAGAUGUAUGGAAACGCUUGCGUGCACCCUCCCUCUUCUUCCCCCGCUGCCCUUGACUCCCUUCCCCUUGCUGUCCCUGACGCUGUGCCAUGUGAGGACUACAUCACGGUCGGCCAGUUAAGCCGCAUCAUUGGCGUGCGGAGGUUCGAUACUCCCUCGUCCUCAUCUAUUGCAUUAUUCCAACUUGCCUCCUCUGACUCCACAUGCCACUCAAGUGGCCCUACCUCCCUUCUCUCUGCAAAGAGCCAGCCUGAGCUAAGCAGGAAUGCAAUGCCUCCUAUUAACCUUGAGCGCUGGUACCAGGAGAUCAUGGCUGCAGGGGAACCUCGAUCAUGUCCUCCGCCGUUGCCCGCCAAAUCUUUUUCUGCACGCAGGCACGGGCAGAUUCGAGUGAGGUGCAAACGGCAACAGCAAUGCCGACAAGGCCCUGACAUCAAGUUGCUGAAGUCCAAAUCGGACGGUGAAGUUGGUCACACGGCAUCACGUCCUCCUGUCAGCUCUGUGCCCACUGCGCCUCAAGCCACUCUUACGCGUGAUAAAACCUCCAAGGGAUUACAGUUAAUACUGAAAGAGGUGUCAAACCCAUUGGACAUGGACUCCAGGAAGCUGCAUAAAGAGCCGUCUCCCACAGUCCAUCACUCGAUCCUGCAUCAUCAGUGUCCCCCUAGCGGCAACCAGGCAUAUGACACCUUGAGCCUGGAGAGCUCAGACAGCCUGGAGACCAGCAUCUCCACCAGCAACUCAGCAUGCACCCCGGAAAGUGCUUCCGGGUUGGAGACCCAGAGGUUAGAAGAGAUGGAGAAGAUGUUGAAGGAGGCACAGCAAGAGAAAGCCAGGCUCAUUGAGAACCGAGAGAGGGAGGCGCAGACUCGGCGGCUUCUGCUGGAGGAGGAGCGGAAGAGGCGCGAGGAGGCCGAGAGGCGGCUUCUGGAUGAGACGGCCCACAGGAGGAGGCUGGUGGAGGAAGAGGUGAAGAUGAGGGAGAAACACUUUUCGCAGGCCCGUCCGAUGACGCGCUACCUGCCCAACCUGAAGGAGGAGUUUGAUUUGCGCGCUCACGUGGAGUCGUCGGGCCACAGUAUCGACACGUGCCCCUUUGUCAUCCUCACGGAGAAGAUGUGCAAGGGUCAUCUGGUCAAGAUGGGCGGCAAAAUCAAAUCGUGGAAGAAGCGCUGGUUCGUUUUCGACCGCCUCAAGAGGAAUUUCUGUUACUACGUGGACAAGCAUGAGACCAAGUUGAAAGGACUCAUUUACUUCCAGGCCAUUGAAGAGGUUUAUUAUGAUCACUUACGAAUUGCUACCAAGAGCCCCAACCCAUCUCUGACCUUCUGUGUGAAGACUCACGACCGCCUUUACUACAUGGUGGCGCCAUCCCCGGAGGCCAUGCGGAUCUGGAUGGAUGUCAUAGUAACGGGCGCCGAGGGCUACACGCAAUUCAUGAGCUGAGGGACCUUGGUGGAAGGAUGACAGAGGGGGCGCGAAACCUGAAAGCCAGCCGGCAUGCCGCAGCGAGGACGGAAGGUGAAAUGGACGUCACAAGGACAUCGAUGAUGCCAAGGCCUGCCGGGCCGCUGAGGGCUUUAACUCCUGACAGAAGUACACGAAAAGAAUUCAUGAGGGGGAUCAGCCGGCGUGGGGGAGCACUUUCCCCCCCCAUCCGCGGCAUUCUCUUUCGUCAAGAAUCUGUGAGAAUUUACAACAAUGUUUUAUGGAAACACUUUAAGAAAGCCGAUCCUUUAGAUAGAAGUGUUGUCACUCGAAAGUUCUUUUUGUUUGUUUUAAUAUCUAUACAAUUUUGUAUUUCCGGUUGUGCUACUUUUAAUCAAAUUUUAAACACUACCAUGUAAAGGGAAAGUACUAUAUAAAUAUAAAUACAACUUUUUUUUAUGUAGCUUAAUCAUUUGCAACUUGCUGCCAGGUAAUUUGUAUACUGCAGCUUUGACAUCAGGAAGAAAAUAUUAUAAUUAUAACAUGUCUGUAUUCUACACAAAUAUGUACAAAAGUAAUGCAGAUUACAUUUUAAAGUCUUAUAAUAUAACUUUGUAACUACAUCUACCUAUGUAAAAAAAAGAAAAUAAAAAUAUACGGUUCUUCUU